AUGACUUCUAAUUCAUGUUCAUUUCCACAUGAUCCAGAUGAUCCCUUUAAUCAAAAAAUUACUAAUUUAGAAAAAGUAAAUUCAUUCUCAUGGCAAUCCAAUACUAAUUUAGAACCAGUUAUACCUAAAUGGAAGAUACAAACAGCAGAAGAAAGUAAAGAUCAAGAAAGUUUUAUACAAAAGUUAGAGAUGAUACCUCAUUGGUCACUAUCUGAUAAUGAAGAGGAAGAUUCAGUUGUAGAUAGAGAUCAUGAAGAAGAAGAAGGCCUACCUCUCUUAUGGGAUCAAAAAUCAAAUACACCAUUUUCUAAAAAAACUGAAAAUCAGUAUAAAAGGCAAUGGUUUUGCUGCUACUAUUGCUAA